AUGUUGCUGCCGAUAUUGGUUUGGUUGUUCGCGCGUGGGUGGACGAUUUGCCGCUGUUACGGAAUCGGGGAUGCGUCGCUCGACUCAAAGUCCACGUGGAAAAUCAUCAACGGAGAGCCCGUGGACAUCAAGGAGUUCCCUUACAUGGUAUCCCUGCAGUACAACGGUACGUUCUUCGGACACGACUACGAUCACUUUUGCUGCGGUAGCAUCAUCAGCGACCGAUGGGUCAUCACUUCGGCCCAGUGCUCUCAAGCUCGUUCGGUCGACCAUUUCCACGUGAGAGUCGGAUCAUCCGAGUACUACAAGAACGGAGCGAUCCACAAGGUGGAACAAGUCCUCGUUCACCCGAAUUUCGACGAGCUCACUCGCGACUACGACGUCGCUCUGUUAAAGCUGAGGACCAAAAUCACGUUCGACCAGACCACCGGACCGAUAAAUCUGCCAAAGAGCUGCAACGUGCCACGCACGAAUUUAACGAUCGCCGGCUGGGGAGCGUCCAAGCUGUUGGGCCCAAUGUCGGACAAGCUGCUCGCGAGCAGCGUCGAGAUGAUCCCGCGCACCGAGUGCCAAUCCAUCUACGGCUCGAAUGCGGUGACGGAGCAUAUGUUUUGCACCUUCACCGAGGGCUUUGGGCCUUGCGUCGGGGACUCGGGCUCGCCGGCCGUCUACAAGAACAAUCUGAUCGGUCUGACGUCGUGGAGUUACGGGUGCGCCUACGAGAACCCGAGCGUCUACCUGAAAGUGAUCCACGAAAAGUUUCAAUCUUUUGUCGGGGCCAUUUCGGAUGAUGAAAAGUUGCGUGAAUAUGUGAAGGCAAGCGUAUAUAUAUAUAGCCGAGCCACUUCAUUCGCACGCCAGCUCGACUAG